GUGUAGGAGAGAGGAUAUGCUGAGGCGACUUUAGAGAAAUCCAUGUACUCUUUCUCAGCCAACAACUGUUCAUCUCACUCCUUGGCUUUGGCUAAAACUGUAUCCGUCACCAAGCUGGGACAUCGUCAUAAACCCUAGCGAUUCUGCCAAUCCUAAACCCUCUCUCUCCUAAACCCUCUCUCUCUCUCUCUCUCGCUCUCUGUGUGGGUUUUGAGGCUUUUUGGCUCGGGACAAUUACUGAUAAUGUCGUGCUAAUUUUAAGCUGACCAGCUUAUAUAUCCGAGGGUAGCGAUCCACGGGAAAUGGCUAUAGUAGAAUCCAUACUUGAUAUCCCUAUUCAAGAUCCACCAGAGGAAGACUUCUGCUCUACUGAUUUGACUUGGACCAAGUUUUGCACUUCAGAACGUGAAGAUGAUGUUGCCCUCAUUCCUUAUGAACGUGUUGAUGCAUUCAUAAUUGGUGAAUGCUCUAAUGUAGAAUGCCCAACACGAUUCCAUAUUGAGAGGGGAAGAAAACGAUCUUUGGGCAGCUUGAAGGAGUACAAGAAUGAUGAAUAUUUGGAAUAUAGGCUGUAUUGGUGUUCAUUUGGACCUGAAAAUUAUGGGGAAGGUGGGGGUGUAUUACCUAGUCGAAGAUAUCGACUUAACACCCGCAAUCGUGCUGCCAGACCUCAAUCCAUGCGAGGUUGCACUUGCCAUUUUGUGGUGAAGCGCCUGUAUGCUCGUCCAUCACUUGCACUUAUUAUAUAUAAUUAUAAUGACAGGCGCCAUGUAAACAAGUCUGGUUUUAUCUGCCAUGGGCCACUUGACAGAGAUGCCAUUGGCCCUGGUGCGAAGAAAAUUCCCUAUAUCUGUAAUGAGAUUCAACAGCAGACAAUGUCUAUGAUCUAUCUGGGGAUUCCUGAAGAGAAUGUGUUAGAGAAGCACAUAGAAGGGAUUCAACGUUACUGUAGUUCAAAUGCAAAAGUUAAUAGCCUUGCUUCUCAAUACGUCCACAAACUUGGGAUGAUUAUAAAACGAUCUACCCAUGAGUUGGACCUAGAUGAUCAAGCUAGCAUCCGGAUGUGGGUUGAACGCAAUAAAAAGUCUAUAUUCUUUUAUCAGGAUACUUCAGAAGAAGAUCCUUUCAUUUUGGGUAUUCAAACAGAGUGGCAAUUGCAACAGAUGAUCCGUUUUGGCCAUCGCAGUCUGAUUGCAGCUGAUUCAACAUUUGGCAUAAAGAGACUCAAGUAUCCCUUGUGCACGCUUCUUGUAUUUGAUUCAAGGCAGCAUGCACUCCCUGUUGCGUGGGUUAUCACACGUAGCUUUUCAAAGUCAGAUGUGUCUAAAUGGAUGAAGGCUUUAUUUGAUCGAGCUCGUAGUGUGGAGCCUGGAUGGAAGGUCAGUGGAUUUUUGAUUGAUGACGCAGCAGCUGAAACUGAUCCCAUAAGGGAUAUAUUUUGCUGUCCUGUUCUUUUUUCUCUCUGGCGUGUUCGUAGAUCAUGGCUAAGGAAUAUUGUUAAGAAAUGCAAUAACAUUGAAGUUCAGCGUGAAAUAUUCAAACGAUUGGGGGAGAUAGUGUAUAGCAUGUGGAGUGGAGUUGAUACUCGCCUUGCCUUAGAAGAACUGGCCAAAGAUUUUGUUGAUCAAACUGCUUUUAUGGAAUAUUUCAAGGCCUCUUGGGUGCCUAAGAUUGAAAUGUGGCUUUCAACAAUUGGAACUCUUCCGCUUGCUAGCCAGGAGGCAUCUGGUGCCAUAGAAGCGUAUCAUGUGAAGCUUAAAGCCAAACUGUUUGAUGAUUCGCAUCUUGGUGCCCUUCAGAGAGUGGACUGGCUGGUACACAAGCUGACUACUGAACUGCAUUCAAGCUACUGGCUUGACCGCUAUGCAGAUGAAAGUGAUUCUUUUCAAAAUGUGAAGGAGGAAUAUAUUGCUUCAACAUCAUGGCACAGGGCACUACAGAUUCCUGAUUCUGCUAUUACCUUGGAUGAUCAGAACCGCCUCUUUGCGAAGGUUUUAAGCCAGAAAGAUAGCAACCUAGCACGUCUGGUAUGGAAUCCUGGAUCAGAGUUUGCGUUUUGUGAUUGUUCAUGGUCAAUGCAAGGAAACCUUUGCAAGCAUGUAAUCAAGGUCAAUACGAUAUGCAAAAGUCAUCAUGGGUAUCAACCUUCAAUGUCUUUUCAAUCCUAUAAAGAGAUAUUGAUAAAUCUAUGGAAAAAACCAAUGGAUGAUUCAGUUUCACUGGAUCUGUCAAUAGCCUGGACUCACCAGAUGCUAGAUCAAAUUCAGAAACUUGUUGAACUGACUAGUUCUAACGACAUUGGCUCUGUGGUAAACAAUCUGCCAUUAAAAUGGUUUUCGAAGAAAGGUAGGACAUAUGUUGGCAAGCCAUCCUCCGUUCUGCCUCUUCCAUUUAGUUCCAAGGGUAUGAAGACUGCUGUUGUAGGUAAGAAGAAUCGGAAGCGGAAAAGGUUGUCACGAUUAAGAUAAUCGCAUGAGUUGAUAGAUACAGGGUUUCUUCUUGGAUAGUCUGAUAGAUACAGGAUUUAACUUCAUACAAUUUUUUCCUAAAUUGUUCCAAGUGCCGAUUGCCCAUCUCCAUUUCUGGUAUCAUGAAAGAUGACAAGUAGAGGAUUAAAGGUUUCUUCGGUUUUGCAAGAGUCUCACAUUUAUAGUUGAGCAACCGUUAAGGACACCUUCCUCCAUUUGAGAAUAUCAGUGGAACCUUUACAAACAUGUGCUUUGGAGUUGGGUGGCAUUCUUGAGCAGUUGACUCUCUUUUCUUCAUUCGCUGUCUUGAGCUCUGUGCGAUGUAUUCUACAUUUUUAUUCUCUCUUUCGUUGGGUGCCUUUUAAGUGCGUAAAUGUUCUGAUAGAUAAUGUUGAAAAACCAUAUUAUCAUAAUCAUUUCAUGUAGACUUUCAUCACAGAAGUAUGUAUAUCGAUUAAUUAGUAACA